AUGAGAGCCAAACGUUCAAAGAAGUAUCGAAAACUCAUGCAUCAGUAUGAGAUGGCAUUCGGGUUUCGCGAACCCUACCAGGUCCUGGUGGACUCCAACUUCCUUCGUGCGGUUCACUCAUUCAAAAUGGAUCUCAUCCCCGCACUCGAGCGCACACUCCAGGGAACCCCCAAGCCGCUACUGACGAAAUGUUCCCUGGCCGCUAUCAUGGCAAAUCAGCCCAUCAACCCGAAAACCAACAAUCCCUACCGUCCUAUGCAUCUCCCGCCUCCCACGAUACUACCCCUACGACACUGCUCCCACAACGAAGACUCAACCCCCAUCGAUGAAGUGGAAUGCCUGCUCUCGCUACUCUCGCCAUCAGCGGACGCCAAGCGGAACAAAGAGCAUUAUAUCCUCGCGACCGCCGACCCCCCAGCACCCCCGAAGUCCACCUCCGGCGGCGACGCGAGGAAGCGGAAGCGCGGCGACGAUGAGGGAUUCGCUGCGCUGCGGCGCGCGCAGAAGUUACGGGUCAGCGCCCGAUCAAUCCCCGGCGUGCCGAUUGUGUAUGUGAAGCGGUCCGUCAUGAUUCUCGAGCCGAUGAGCACGCCGUCGGAGAAUCUCCGGGACGGGGUCGAGAGGAGUAAGUUCCGCGCGGGCUUAAACGAUGAAGCAACCCUAGGGAAGAGGAAGCGGGGUGAGGAGGGCGAGGAGAAGAAGAAACGGGCAUCGAAGAAGGCCAAGGGGCCCAAUCCCUUGAGUGUGAAGAAGUCCAAGAAGAAGGGCGCGGAAGCGGCCGGCGGGGCUAAGCAAGAGAAGCGGAAUGAGGAAGCUCAUCGUACGGCCGAUGAGACCCCGGAUAAAGCACAGGAAGAUGGGGAAUCGAGCGUCCCCAAGCCAAAGAGGAGACGCCGCCACCAUAAAGGGUCCAAGGGAGAAGGGAACGAUGGGCCCGAUGGUGCCCCUUCGAAUGAAGGGCAGGCCGCCACAGCAGACAUGAGCGACUGA